AUGCAUUUCAACGGCUUGCUAGCGUUUGUCCUAUGUGCCGCAUCGACAGUCGUUUCCGCCAAUCCUGUACAGAAGCGAGAUGUUCUGCAAGAUAUGCAGAACCAGGCCAUUGCUAAUCUGCAAAAUGUCACUGAUGAGGGGUUGGCCAAGAGGUCGUGCUCGAUCUUCAACGCUAAGGUCCGAAGGGAGUGGUCAACCUUGUCGGCAAAGGAAAGGAAAUCGUACACAUCUGCGGUCAACUGCUUGAUGACUCUGCCGUCAAAAUAUGACCCCGCUGUAGUGCCUGGUGCUAAAAGCCGAUACGACGACUUCGUCGCACAGCACAUCAACCAGACUCUGACUAUUCAUGGCACGGGUUCUUUUUUGAGUUGGCAUAGGUACUUCGUUUGGUCAUAUGAGACCGCUUUGAGGGAAGAAUGUGGUUACGCAGGCUAUCAACCAUACUGGAACUGGUUUUCGUACCAGAAUGACCUGACCAAAUCGCCGGUCUUUGAUGGUAGCGAUACCAGCAUCAGCGGUGACGGCUCUUUCGUAUCCCACAAUGGUAGCGUCGGAGGCGCUGGUACUAUUUUCUUGCCCUCCGGCAACGGUGGUGGCUGCAUCACCACCGGUCCUUUCAAGAAUAUGACCGCCAACCUCGGCCCUAUCUCUCCAACGAUGGCCGGACAAGCGAAGGUCAACUCAACUUUCGCCUAUAACCCACGUUGCCUGAAGCGCGACCUUACCAACUACGCGUCCUCGAACUGGCUCACCGUGAACAACCUCGUGAACCUCACCCUCGGAUCUGCUUCCCACAGUAUUGGUAGCUUCCAGAACGAGCUCCAGGGCCGCUUUAGCCAAGGUUUCCUAGGUCUGCACGCCGCCGGCCAUUUUAGCAUCGGCGGCGACGCCGGCGACUUGUUCUCAUCUCCCGUGGACCCUGCUUUCUGGCUACAUCACGGCAUGCUUGACCGCAUCUACUGGCUGUGGCAGGCGCUGCACCUGGACCAGGCUCUAAGCAUUGCUGGUACUAUUACCUUGUUCAACAACCCACCCAGUCGGAACACAACACUCGAGGACGUCAUCUUCAUGGGUCAAUCUAAUGCACCCGCUAGGCCUAUUGGCGAGCUGCUGAACACGCUUGGCGAUGAUCCGUUCUGCUACAUCUACUUGUAG